AUGACUGUGGACAGGAGGAUCCUGUUUGUGCCGCCCCUCUGGUGGCACUACGUGGAGAGCCUGGACCAGGCCACGGUGAGCGCCAACACGUGGGUAGAGCUGGAGUCGGACCACGAGGCUCGCCUGCAGGAGGCCCUGGCGCGGAUCGUCGUCUGCGCCGUCAAGACCCAGCCUCACCCCGACAACCUGGCCCGCUGGCUCAACCCCUCCGAGGAUGACGACGUCAGCUACGAGACGAACCUCCGCUACCUCAACGCGGGCUCUCCGAGCUCUGCCCGGCUCCUCGCGGUCGGAAGCCUUCCACCAGCACCAGGGCGGCUCCCGCCCAGCGAAGAAGCGCAAGGCCGACGAGUCGGCGCUCGGCAGCUGCUGCAGCUGCAGCUGCCACGGCGAUCGCCGCAGCCAGACUACGGGGGGCGAAUCUCCGUCGGAAGAUCACGAGGGGGGCGGCGCUCCCAGCAUGCCGUGCGGCGCUUUCCUCGUCCCGUCGGAUCCCGGUUCCGACUCCCCGACCUCCGACGAGGAGGAACCCGCGGCGCGCGAGAGCCAGGGGGUCGUUGCCGAGGGUGCCGGCGAGGACGUUGCCGUGGAUACGGACACGCUGUUGGAGUGCGUCGCUCACCCGGACGUGGUGAGGGAGAUCGCGAGGCUGCUGAGGCAGCGGCUCAACGUGUAGGCGGCUCGCUUGUGAGUUUAAAUUGCGAGGAAAAGAGAACGGAGCACGAGGCGUGCGGGGAGCAACGCACACACGGCGGGGGUUGUCAACUUAAUCCGGGUGUCGCAUCUGAGCGGUCGUCCGUGUGACUCGAUCGCCCGCCCGCACGCGACUGCUUUGUCCGCGUCUCGGCGGGCAGUUGUGUGGCUAAAGCGCGACUCGCACCCUCUCUACGGCAGCUGAGCCAGCCCCACCCGCUCUCGUUCUGCAUUGUACUGCACGGCGAGGGGGGGAGGCGAGGGAAGUGUGGUGGCAUUGCCGCCGCCCACCACUGAGAGGCCGGGGGAAACGACGGCGCGCCAUGGAGCUACGGGCCACGUGCGGGGUGAGCGUCCCCGAGGUCGAUGGCAGGCUCCUUGCCAAGGCCUCGGCCUGUAGAAGCCGUCAAAAAAGAAAUGUGCCGGUUGAAGCGGUGAAACGUCUUGGAAAACAGUUCCACGACAGCUGCUUGUCCGUAC